AUGGGGGAUCGGAAUAUAUCUCAACCUUGUGCCGCCGCCGCUCUGCUCACAUCCGGUGAAGAUGUUCAGGUCUCUGCCUUGAUGAUGGCUUCACGCCAACAUGAGGUCCUGCAAAAAAAUAUUGGAGAUCGAAAAAUCUUUGCGCGAACUGUGCGAGAGAAAGGAGAUGGAGAAAUCUCUAGCCGUGCUUUUCGCCCAGCAAAACCAACUGGUCGAUUUGACGAAUUCAAUGUCGGAGCAGCUUCGCUCAUUACAAACCAGUCGACCCGAAACGACAGAGAUUCCGAAUUCCACAAGUUUAUAGGAAAACGAGCAAGCUUGCCCAUGGAUUUAGAGCCUGCAUCAAUGACGUUAAAUAAGGGAGAAGCUAUUAGAUCUGUAUAUUUAUUUGGGUUUUCUUAUAUGAGCGGAGAAGUAGCUAAUGAAAUCUUUGAAGUGAAAUUCAAACAAGGAGGAGGAGUCACGCAUGAACCCCGAGUAGUUCGACUUGUUGCCAGGUUCAUUGAGAAGCAUGAGGCUAUUGGCUUUCAGGCUGCAAGGAUUUUCAACCGUUCCAAAUUAUACGUCGUUGCACAGGAUGGUGGAUAUAUUAUUGAUACGAAGACUAUGUCAAGUUCAUCUCUUCCUCUUACCCAAGGCUAUAAAUCAACACCAAUUGUUGUGUCUGCAUAUGACAAGCUGUAUUGUCUUGAAACUCCAACGAACUUGCGACUUGUUCCGGAGCCCUCCUUCGAGAGUUAUGAUCCUGAUCAGAACAUCUGGGAGAAAAUGACUUCUUAUCCAUUUUAUAAUGAUUAUGACACCCGUAUGGAUAUAACUGGUUAUGCCGUUUGUUAUGGCAUUAUUUUGUUUUCAUUUGGUUGCCAGAAAGAAAGUAAUUUCGAUGUCAUUGCAUUUCACAUCAGUAGAAACGAAUGGAAGCGAGUGAAACUUCAUACUUCUGUUUAUUUCCCUCCUUUCCUAGGUAGGGCCGUGGUUAUAGGCAAGACUAUCUAUUCCUUAUAUGCGGAGGAGUUUAUAGCAUUCUCCUUUAAGACUUACAAAGCUGAUGACGGUAGUCUUGUAUAUUACCUAAGCCAACAGUUUAGAUUGCAAGGCCUUGAGAUUGCGCGCCCACCAUUGCGAUUUGCUUGGGAUAGGAGUGAAUAUUUGGUUCAUUUGGGGAACCUGGAAUUUUUCCAUGUCAACACCGGGUGCUGCGAUGCUGAUCUCCCGGCUCAAUAUUUUUGUAUCACCAUGUUUCAAAUUGUUGUUGGAGAAGGAGGAAGAGAUAUGCUCAAGACCAUACAUUCAACUGUUCUUUCUGCAGAUGUAGAGGACAGUGGGUUGAAUCUUGCUUUAUGCUUCACGCCUGAGUGUGGGGAUUAUGAACCUGAGGAGUGUGUGAAUCAGCCAAGCCAAGAAGAAACCAGUCUUGAUGAGAAUUUAUUACUUACGGAACAUUGGAGAAAGGAAACGAAAGAAUACUCGGCAAGAUGGAACGUUUGGGGCUAGGCAUCGCGAAAGAGUGUAUUU